UCACAGACACACAGAUUAUAAACACUGUGAAGUAUUUUAAUUGAUUGUCACCAUUUUUGUGCUGAUUUUCCAUUUCAGUGUUUUAAUAACUGAAGAUGCAUCAACAAGUUUUGUGCGACUGGAACCAGAACAUGUGGACGUGACGCAGGACGGAUGGGAACAUUUCUGAUUUCAUCUCAGCUGUUAAACACUGGAAGUUUUCACUCUGCUGCUGUUCUGCAAACAUCAAGACACAUUCACACUCAGCGGUCUGGAUGCUUGCAGGGACGAAACAUGGCAGUGAACCUCGGCAAGAACAGACUGGCCCUGCUGACCGCCUACCAGGACGUCAUCGACGAGACCUCGGACACCGACUGGGCCUUGUACACAUAUGAGGACGACAGCAAUGAUCUGACACUCGCCUCAUCCGGAGGAGGCGGUCUGGCAGAGAUCACGCUGACCUUUGACAACGGCAGGGUGAUGUACGGCUUCUGCAGCCUGAAGGAGCCCAACUCCGCUCUGCCACGAUACAUCCUCAUCAACUGGGUCGGGGAAGACGUGCCGGAUGCCAGGAAGUGUGCCUGUGCCAGCCACGUCGCCACCAUCGCUGACUUCUUCCAGGUCAGCACCACAAAAGGGGUGGAGGUCACCGUCAACGCCAGCAGCGUGGACGACAUCGACCCGUCAGCCAUCGGGCAGCGGCUGACCAACGGGACGGCAGCGCUGGCGAGCCCGGUUCUGAGCCGCCUGAGAACCCGCGAGGAAGAACACGGAGAGGUGGGCACGGUGUACGAGAAGACCAACGCAGAGGUGGAGAUGAAGAAAAUCAAUAGAGAGGAGUUCUGGGAGAAAGCCAAGCGUGAGGAGGAGCUGAGAAAGGAGGAGGAGAAGAAGAAGGCGGCGGAGGAGCGGCAGCGCUACGAGGAGGAGCGAAUGGAGCUGGAGAGGAUAGAGCAGGAGAACCGAGAGAAGAGGUACCGCGAGAGGGAGCAGCAGAUCGAGGAGCACAGGAAGAAGCUGCUGGAGGAGGAGGAGGCCAGAGAGAGGUUGCGGAACCAGAGCACCAUCGCAGCAGAGCCGAGCAUCGAGGACCUCAACCUGGACAAGAAGGAAACCGAGGUGGAGGAGGCGAAGGCCAUCAUCGCUCAGCGGUCAGGAAACCCGCGAGAGUUCUUCAAGCAGAAGGAGAGAGCCAUGACCAUCAGCUGCGACACCUCGCCCAUCUCCGUCCACAGGACCGGCCGUUUGGACAGCCCGUUCUUGAGGCAGCAGCACAGUCCCAGCAGCCCCAGUCCGACUCCCCCGCUCCGGGGUGAGUCGCCCCUCCGCACCCCGCCACACUCACGGAGGCAGCCCGCCGCUGCAGCCGGGGACGAUGACGACGAAGCGAGCAUAGAGCGCAACAUGGCCGCCGUGUCACCCAUUCCUAAAAUAGUCACCACGCCCAUCAAAGAGGACUUCAGCCGGGAGGACGAGGACAGCAGAGACGAGUGGGAUUCAAUGUCGAAGCCGGAGCAGAAACCGCCCGUCCAGGAGUCGACACCUUCCAAGCCGGUGCAGAGCGUCGCCCCGCAGGCCCGCGACUCCGGCAGCUUCAACGUGUGGGACGCCGGGACGGACAGCCUGGUCAACCUGUGGGACAGCAGCUCCGGGCCUCCACCCAACACCUCCCAGACCUCCAAUCUGGUGGACCUGAUGGGUGACAGUGUCCCGCCCAGCUCCGCCACCGCCAGCGGUAAGCCUCAGCCCCUCGUCAGCUUCGACGACAUGGUGGACGGGACCUUCGGCUCGGCCGCCGAGGACGACCCCUCCAGUCUGGUGGACGUGACGGCCUCCGACCAGAUGACCCUCAGCUACCAGCAUGCACUGCAGCACGCGUCCAUGGAGGGGCCGGACCUGGAUGACGGACAGCUGCUGAUGACCAACGGGGAGACGCUGCUGAAAGAAGGGACUCAGGCGAGCGAGGGCUACUUCAGCCAAUCACAGGAGGACGAAUUUGGCCAAUCAGAGGAGUCCUCAGCUAAACCUGCACCGGUCUUUUAUAACAAGCCACCAGAGAUUGACAUCACGUGCUGGGACACGGACCCCGUUGUCGACGACGACGACGACUAAAACCGACCAAUCAGAAAGCUCCUCCACCACCAACACCACCACCGGACCAAGAGGAAGCAGGAAGUGCGCUUCGAGAAGAAAACCGAUUUUUUUUUUUUUUUUUUUCUAAAAAACAAAAACACAAACAAACAAAAAAAAGUAAUAAUAAUAAUAAUAAUAAUAAUAAUAACAAUCUUGCAUCAAACUUCUUCUGUAUUAUCUUUUAGAGGAAACGAAACAGUAGCCACCGAUUUAAAAAAGGUUUGAGUUUCAUUAAAGACGGUUUGAAGGCUCAGUUUUAUUUUUUUCUGUGUGUUUGUUAUUUUAUUUAUUUGUUUUUCUUCUUCUUCUUUUUUUUUUUUUUGCUAUGCAGAUGUAAUAGCUGAGAGCGGGACACUUUGUUUGUGUAAAUGAUUUAUUACACAUUAACGUAGCGCGCUGCUGCAUAUUAGAGACGAUGAAGCCCGUGUGUGGCCGGCAGCCGACACACCUAGUCUGUAGUGCUUUAAUAACACCCUAUAAACUAAUACAGCUGCCAUGUAUAUCUUCACUCUUUUCUUACCUUUUUUUCACCUCCCUCCUUCCUUCUGCCUUCCUCCCAAAAUAUCCCCAAAAUAUUCUUCUCUGCAAGUCAGUUAAUCUUGUAUUUAGCCCUCACUUUACUGGAACAAAAAGAAAAGAAAAAGACAGGUGGAUUAUUGUAUUUAUUCUGGUGUAUCUGAGCUUCUUUCACUGAUGGAAAACCAACAAGAAAUUCUCCUGAAUGGAGUCAAACUGCAAACAGCUCCUUUUUUGACCCUUUUUCACUCCUUUUGUAUGAUUUUCAGACUGAAUUCAAGAUUAAAUGGCUUGUACAGUAAAUCUGUUUUGCUUUUUUUCAGUGCACUUUUAUUUCUUCUUCUUCUUCUUCUUCUUCUUCUUCUUCUUCCUCUGCCUCGUUGUGGAUGAGCUGCAGCUUCUCAAUCAGCCCUCCCCUCUGCUUCCAUGAAACUCAUCGUUCAGAAACCCCAAUUAUAUAUUUACACGAACAAAAAAAAGACAGAAAAAGAAAGACAAAUUCCAGAUGAAUAUAUUGGAGAUAUUUUUCCAAGUGUUUUUAGGAGAGUUUGCCUCCUUCAGCUUGUGCACAGUAGAAGAAAAAAAAACAAAACAAUGAAUCCUUUGUUUGAUUCUUAUUCUUCUGAAUUUCUCCAAAGGCUUAAACUUCCCGUUCAGAGUCGGGGAGGUUUUAAAGAAUAAUGAUUUAAAUGUUUAUUUCUGUCAGUCGCUGGAUGACAGGAGGAAGCAAACGGGGCCACACGAUGCUCGCAAAUAUUAUUUUCUGGUCUUUGUUUUAAUCCGCGUGGAGAAACCAGAUGUUCACGGUCUAUCACAUCGCUGCUGAUUCAACAGUGUCAGUUUUAAUUAUAGCUGUUGAGAUUCACACAGUCAGAAAACUAUAGAAACUCCUGAGGAUCUCACAAAGUUAAAGAAAGUGAGAAAAUAUUCCCGGAGCCGUCGCUUCUUUACCGGAUCUCCAGUCGAAGUUAACAGGUUCUGUUCUGGGCCGAGACCCAUCCUCCAUCCAAGUUUAGUGGAAAUCUGUCCUGGAGUUUUUGUGUAAUUCUGCUGACAAACCAAAGUCUCAGCUUCUUUUACCCCGACUUCUGAUUUUAGUUUAUAGUCUGAAGGAGUUUAGUUCCUGAUACUCAUUGUUUACUAAGAUAACCAGAGUUAUAUCACAUCUAAAUCAGCCAUCAGGGACGUCUGACAGAGAGGACGUCUGACAGAGAGGACGUCUGACAGAGAGGACGUCUGACAGAGAGGACGUCUGACAGAGAGGACGUCUGACAGAGAGGACUGAGAAGAUGCUGAAGAGUUGAACAUCUGCAAACAUUUUAAAACCUUCCUGGUUCUCCACGCAGCUCAAAACAAACCCAGUGUGACUGUGUGACUCUCGUCUGCUGCUUCAGCUCUGUGCCAGUGCAAAAAAAAAAAAAAAAAGCACCGUAUGUAUUUAGUUUUUUUUUGUUUUUAUUGAUGUGACAUUUAGUUGCCCUUGAAAACUGGAGCGAGAGGUGGGGCGGGCUGAGACGGGAGGUGUGUGUGUGUGUGUGUGCGUGUGUGUGCGCGCGCGUGUGUUUUUAAUACCUGUCAAAAAGUGUGCUAGAAAUGAUUUUCGGGACCUUUUUGAAUAUUAGCAACAACAUUGUUAGUCUCUUUUUCUUUUGCUGUAAAUUCCUGUAGAAAAUAAAAAAACUCCUAGGCAAUAA